GGAGGGGCGGGGCCGCCGAUGGCCCCGCCCCGGCCCCGCCCGCCGGUGCAGGGGGAGGGGGCGGGGCUGGAGGAGGAGGCUCCGCCCCCAAGAAGGAGAUCAGCGACAUCGCCGCUGCUGCUGAGAGUCUGCAGCCCAAGGGGUACACCCUGGCCACCACACAGGUGAAGACGCCCAUCCCCCACCUGCUGCGGGGCACGCUCAGGGAGUACCAGCACAUCGGGCUGGACUGGCUGGUGACCAUGUACGAGAAGAAGCUGAACGGGAUCCUGGCCGACGAGAUGGGGCUGGGCAAGACCAUCCAGACCAUCUCCCUGCUGGCACACCUGGCCUGCGAGAAAGGUAGCUGGGGCCCUCACCUGAUCAUCGUGCCCACGUCGGUGAUGCUGAACUGGGAGAUGGAGCUCAAGCGCUGGUGUCCCAGCUUCAAGAUCCUCACCUACUACGGCGCCCAGAAGGAGCGGCGGCUCAAGAGACAGGGGUGGACGAAGCCGAACGCGUUCCACGUGUGCAUCACGUCCUACAAGCUGGUCCUGCAGGACCACCUGGGG